AUGCCUGAUGGAUUGUUUGCCCCUAUACAGGUGGCACAUUGGCCGUUCCAGCGGAAUUGGCAGCACUUGCCAUGGGAGCCAUCACAUUUCUUUCUUGAGGUUGGUGCCAACAACCACGAGUUGGAGAGAGAGCAGCUUGAACCUUUGCUGCAGGAUGGGCCGAACGGUUUCCUGGUAAGUUUUGAGCCAUUGCUUGACAAAUACAGCUAUCUAAUAUCUUUCUCCAGCGGUGGAGGUGCUGAAAAUAAUGCAGCUGUAAACUUGGGCCUGCAGCAUCGCAGGGGUUUGGCCCUUCCGUAUGCAAUUGGUGACAAGUGCGGGGCCGAGAGCACCGCUGUGUUCCAUGUGACAUCCCUGGAUGGCUGCAGCAGCUUGCGGGCUCCCACUCCUGACUUCGAGAAGGAGAACCAAAGGGCUGGAAUCUCCGGGAUGUCCUGGCCUAGAUGGGUGGUGGAACGAUGUUCCAAUCUCCAAGAGGAACGGGUUGUUCCCUGUGCGUCCUUGGCGACUGUAAUUGGGCAAUGGCUUGCCGGUCGUCAUAUUGCUCGAAUGAAGAUUGACGCCCAGGGAAGCGACUUGGAUGUUCUUAAGUCAGCAGGACCAUACUUGGACCGCGUGCUGUAUGUCACUAUGGAGGUGCAUAGCAAGUUGGCUGCUCCAAUUUAUCAUGGACAGGCGUCGUGUGAAGAAGUCCUUCUGACGAUGAAACAACUGGGCUUCGUGUUGGCAGAUAGUAGGCGGAUCAGAUCAGCUUGCAACAUGACUAUGCCAGAAAGUGACUUGGACUUUGUGCGGCGUGAGGUGUCACCUGCGUGGCGUUCUUUCUACAAAGACUAUUCCUAUUGUCAAAUUCUCUCAGCUGCAGGGUCCUGCGGUGGUCCUCUCUGCCUCGCACCUCAAAUUCGUGCGCAGGUGAAUCGUACGGGAGCUUGUGAGGGAUUCGUCCAAGAUGUGUUGACCUUUGAGGCCGAUGCAUUGGGUAUGGUUCAUGUUUGGUUAUCUCCAGAUUGCUUGGGGAACCUUGAGAUCCGCAUGGUGAACCGGCGUGUCAUGUUCUUCGUUCACCAGGGCCUCAUCAAGCGCAAGGCGUGCUUGGCGCAGUCCAGCUUUAUUCCAUCCUCGCACGGCCCCAUGGUGCGGCUACAGGUUGGAAGGCAUGGGACAACUGCAGGUCCAUUCAAAAGCAAGCUGGUGAUUUUGGGUGGUCUCUUCACCGCUGCUGAUGAGAGUCAGUCUUUGAACACCUACCUUGAUGCCAGUGGCAGGUCCGGAAGUGGUACUGGAAGUGGCUACUGGUCUUCUGAUGCAUGGGAUCCUGAUAGCCGAGUCUACACGGGCGCUGACAUCUUCCACACCCACCGUUUGGCAGUGCAGAGUGAUGAAGCACCGCCGGCAGAGCCAUCUGAGCCACGCACAGAGGCUGAGCCAAAGAUGAGGGGUGACAGGUCGAUCUACGAGCAUGAGGUGUUGUCGCGCAUCCUCGAAUCGAUCGCGACGGUCGAUCAGCUCAACGUCAGCGGCUUGCAAGGGGUAGAGCUACUAGUUCGACGCCUGCAGGUUAUUCGUGAAGCUCACCGGAUCUCUCCAUCCAGCCCAGAUUACAGCUCCGCAGAGUUCUUCAUGGGUUGGAAGUAUCGGAAGGGUGCGCAUGGAGUUGAUCCAGACCUGGCACAUCACGUUGCUGCCGAGUUGAAGUCAGAAGCCAUGAUCCUCAAGGAGAGCCGCAAGGCCAAGGAAGAAGCGCAAGCGCGCCGCCGAAACCCCGGUGACAAGAAGGGGGGGAGGCGGCGGAGAUCAAAAGUGAUGAGUGGCAUGGGUGGCGCUGAUUCGGCGGGGGCUGUUCAAGAGCUUCUGCAAUGCGACUCCUCCUACUCCCAGGAGGAUUUUGUCAGCACAGUGCGCCCCUAUCAGCGAGACUUGAUUUCCCUCCCUGAGACCGGCGACGAUCCCGUUUCGUUGGACCAGGUUUUGGAUGAGCAUGGACAAGUUCUUGGUGAUCCCCUGCGGUCUAUGCUCCUUUCGGAUGAGGAGUGGGGUGAAGUGCUGGAGAAGGGUGAAUUGGUUAGACCGUACAUGGAUGAAUGCAUCCCGGAGGGCUCCACCCUCUACCUGGCCCAAUCCGACAUCAAGGACUAUUUUUAUAGCUUAGCUCUACCACAAGAUCUACAAAGCCUCUUCUGUUUGCCUGCUAUCGCCAAGUCCGCUAUGCAGGACUGGGCCUUGGAUCUGGAUCAGGUGGACUGCGAUGCCGAAGGUAUUGAUGAACAACGUGUUCAACAAGUUAAGAACAAGAUCGUUGAUAGGCUUCGUGAGAUAGGUUUUCGAGUACAUGAAGAGUUGGAAGCAUGUAGCAUAGGACAAAGCCCCGGCUUCCUCGUCGAUGGCGCCAAAGGUGUGGUGACGCCCAUUCCGGAGAGGGUGCACAAGGUCAGAUUGGCGCUUGACUGGUUGGCGAGGCAGCCCUGGGUAACUGGGAAACAGGUUGAACGACUCAUUGGGCACUGUGUUCACUUCAUGCUCCUACGUGGAGAACUCCUGUCGAUUUUUAGGGCCAUGUACGACUUUGUUCAAAAGAGCUAUUUGCAAAAACGUCCUCUUUUUGCCUCAGCUGCGAGAGAAGCUAAGUGGGCAUCAGCUUUGUUGGGGCUUUGCAGUGUUGAUUUGAGGAAGGAUUGGUGCGAGCGGAUCACAGCGAGUGAUGCUUCGUUGUCAGGUGUUGCGGUGUGCUGUCGUGAGCUCCCUCGAGAUGAGGUAGCCGCGAUAGGAUCACAACGUGAGCCCUGGCGAUACAAGUACAAAGAGCUGCCCCCACCUCGAGAAGCCGCCUUGAGUUUUGGUGACCCUUUCUCAGACCCUUCAACUGUGAAACCCUUGAAACAUGGACUUGAACAACCCGAUCCCUUCGAGUUGAAUGAGAAGUUCAUUGAAGUGCCCCAAAACGUCUUGCAACCCGAGCUGUGGCAUGAGGUAUUUGCUGUGCACAUGAAGUAUCCGGAACAUAUUACAUUGCUGGAAUCUAGAGGUGUUGCGAUUUCUUUGAAGCACAAAUUCAGGUCUGUGCAACAUUUUGGAAAAAGACAUUUGCAUCUGGGUGAUAACAUGGGCGUGAUCCUCAUGAUUGCAAAGGGACGCUCGAGCUCUUUUUACAUGUUGAAGUGGUGUAGGCGCCUCUGUGCUCUUUUGCUAUGUACUGAUUCUGUGCUUUCGCCCCGGUGGAUUCCCUCUGAGUUGAACGUGGCCGACAAAGGGUCGCGACGGUGGGAACCCCACAGAAAGAAGGAUGCUGCUGGCCGAGCCUGGGAGAAGAGCAAGCUCGAAAGGGUUGAUGAAUUUUGCUACCCAACCCGAGCUAGCGGACCAGACCCUCGACAAGUUGCAAGCAGUACCAAGCAGGAAGCACCUCCUGCAAACGUGCGCAAAACCCACUUCGACAAGAAGCCGGCAGACAAGGCCAAGACUCGAGCGGAGAUUGUGAGACAGAGAUCAGAUCCUCCUCGCUUCAAGGGCCAGACGAACCUAGAACGACUAGCGGUCUCGGAGGCCGUAGCAAGGGACCACACCAGAAGGAUCAACGAUCUGAGAUUCUUUGCGAGACAGAACAGGAUUUCCCUUCGAAGCGCGAAGAACUUGGACGAGGCCUGCGCUUUGUUUCUGAACAACAUUUUCGAGCAGGGCGUAGAGCUCCACGAGGGCUCAAAAUUUGUGGCAGCAGUCAAAGACGCGUUCCCAGAAUUUGGCCACAAGUCAGCCUUGCCUCGAAUGGUCAGAGCACUUCAGGGCUGGACAAAGAUCGAUCCGCAAAAGACAAGACCACCUCUCCCUUGGGAGUUGGUCGCCGGCAUUGCAAUGAAGAUGCGAGCACGAAGGCGGCAACGUGCGGCCUUAGCAGUGUUGACCAUGUUUUCGGCCUACCUGAGGCGGGGUGACAGUGCCUCAUACUGGGGUGCUAUGGAUGGCUUGGAUGAGGUCCGCUCCAUGGACCUGGGCAUUGGGAAUAUCUCUUUGGCCCGCUCCCCGCCAGCUAAAAAGGUAUCAUUCGAUGGGCCGCAGCAAGCUGCAUCACAAGCACCGCAACAUGCUCACCCACAGUUGCAGCACCAGGGCAGUUCUGAGUAUUGGACCUCCGGCAACUGGGACUUUGUGGAGAAAAUUGAUGUAGAUGUUCUUGACACACCAUCUACCCAAAGCGGCGGAGGGAGAAGCCUUCCGCGCAAGGAUAGCAAUGCCUACUGGGAUGCAGAGCAAUGGGACCCCGAUGAGAGGGUCUAUGUUGGAGCAGAGGCCGGGCAGACCAAUCACCUCACGGCGGUGAUCCAAAGCGAUGACAAGCUGAUUCGUGCAUGGGCCGGGGGCCUUUCGUGCCCUGGCUCAUUCUCUGGACCUGUCGACAUUCUGAAGGCCCUGGAGUGGAAGGGUGCUGAGACUCCUGAGUUGCAAGAUCUUUACGACGUCACGGCCGAGUCGGUGGGCUUCGGAAGCUUCGGGAUCGUGCGGAAGGCGACCCAUCGGGAAACCGACACGCACUGUGUGGUCAAGAGCUUGAAGAAAUCACAGAGUGGCUCUAGCUACAAAUCUCAGGUGGAUGGUGGACUCUAUGAUGAACUUAUGUCUAUGUCGGUUCAUUCUCCGUAUGCUGGGAUUGUGAAAUACAUGGACCUGCUUGAGAGCGCAGACCACUACUAUGUUGUCAUGGAAGACCUUCAGGGCCCAGAACUCCUCGAGCAAAUGGAGAGGCUUUUCCCAGUGACCGAAGCUCACUGUCAGGGUGUUAUGCGCGAAGUCUUAAUGUCGCUGGCGCACAUCCAUGACAAAGUGAAGGUGUGCCACCGCGAUAUCAAGCUUGACAACUUUCGAUACCGAAGUGUAGAGCCUGGCUCUCCCUUGGUUCUUUUGGAUUUCGGCUUCCUUGCUCGGUUGGACAAGCCGUGGGACGGCAAAAAGUGUGGCACACGAAUGUACAUGGCUCCAGAGGUCAUUGCAGAUGCAGUCGAGCAACCAUACUUGGCUGCGAUCGACAUGUGGUCUGUUGGAGUCAUUUUGUAUACUCUCUUCACAGGAGACUGCCCGGUCCAACCGGAGGAGAUGCAGACUUUGGGCACCAGAAGCCAUGAAGCUCAGGAGCUCUUGGCAAAGGCUUGGCAAGACGAAAGAUAG